UUUGGACUUACAAACUAUUCUCUGACCAGAGGCAGUGGUGCUGGGAGGGGGAACAGAUCUGGGGAGGUAGGGAAGGUCUCCUCCUGAACUGCUUUUCUUUCUCACUUCAUCCCUGGAGUCACAUUAUGAUCCAGCAACAGCUGAAACAGCUCCUGCCAGAGAGGGAGGUGGAUCUUUAUGCUGCCCUCACCCUGCUCUGUGGCUCAGCAGCCACCGUGGUGGUCUGGAAAUGGCUGGGCAAAAGGCAGAUCCAGAAGAAAAUGGAAGAGGCUCGAAGAAUCCGGGAUGAGGGUGUGAAGAAAAUGGUAAAGGCUGUCCAGCAGUUCAGAGAACAGGUCCCCCACGUCCAGAUGGAUGCCAUCCUGUCUCUGCCUCUGCUGGAACUCACUCAGAGAUUGCAGGAGGGGUCUUUGUCCCCCAAGACUGUCCUCUACACCUACUUAGAGAAGGCCCUGGAAGUGACCCAGCAGACAAACUGCUUGCGACAUUUUAUCCCAGAGUGUGAGGAGCAGCUCCAGGAAAUACAACGGCAGAGUGAGAAAGGGCUGCUCUAUGGCAUCCCAGUCAGCAUCAAGGACCACAUCGGCCUCAAGGGGCAUCUCUCGACCUGUGGCCUUGUGCAAUGCCUGGACACUCCAGUGCAGGAGGACAGCGUCCUAGUCAAGGUUUUGAAGAUGCAGGGAGCCAUCCCAUUUGCAAUGACCAACGUGCCGCAAUCACUCUUCAACUAUGACUGCAGCAAUCCAAUCUUUGGCCCAACCUUAAACCCCUUCAACCACCAGAAGAGCCCUGGGGGCUCCUCAGGAGGAGAGGGAGCUCUGAUCGCUGGGGGAGGCUCCAUCCUGGGCAUCGGCUCGGACAUCGGUGGCAGCAUCCGCCUGCCGUCCAGCUUCUGCGGGCUGUGUGGGCUCAAACCCACAGCUGAAAGGCUCAGCCUGUCCGGAGUGAGUGGCCCACUCAGUGGCAUCCUGGCAGUUCCUUGUGCGCUGGGGCCUAUGGCGAGGGAUGUGGACAGCCUCGCCCUCUGCAUGAAGGCACUGCUCUGCAAGGAGAUGUUCCGUCUGGACCCCACCGUGCCCCCCAUCCCCUUUGAUGAGGAGGUGUACUCCAGCUUUGCUCCUCUGCGGGUCGGGUACUAUGACACAGACGGCUACUUCCCACUGCCCCCUUGCAUGCGGCGGGCUGUCCAGGAAACCAAGAGGGCUCUGGAGGCAGCGGGACACCAGCUGGUGCCCUUUUCUCCACCUCGGAUUAACUAUGUCAUGACUGAACUGUUUUUGAAGACUUUUUUUGCUGAUGGAGGCCGUGCUUGGUUGGAUGUGUUCACAGAAGAUAUUGUAGAUCCAACCUUGAAACCACAGGUGAAUUGCUGCAAAAUCCCAAGGCUGGGGAAGAAACUGCUGGCUCUGAUUCUUAAACCUCUGUUUCCCCGCCUGGCCGACUAUCUGAGUGCCUUGAGUGGAAUGAGGUCAGUGAAGGAGAUGUGGAAUCAUCACCAUCAAAUACAAGUAUGUUUUGAGGACUUUGAGGCUGGAGCACCUUCCAUAUGAGGACAGGCUGAGAGAGUUGGGCUUGUUCAGCCUGGAGAAGAGAAGGCUUCGAGGAGACCUUAUAGCAACUUUCCAGAACAUGAAAAGGGCUACAAGAAAGCUGGGGAGGGACUGUUCACAAAGGCUUGUAGUGAUAGGACAAGGGGCAAUAGGUAUAAAUUGGAGAGGGGCAGAUUUAGGCUUGACAUAAGGAAGAAUUUCUUCACCGUGAGGGCAGUGAGGCACUGGAACGUUGCCCAAGGAAGUUGUGGCUGCCCCAACCCUGGAGGUGUUCAAGGCCAGGUUGGAUGGGUCUUGGGCAGCCUGAUCCAGUGGAAGGUGUCCCUGCUGAUGGAAGGGGGUGGAACUGGAUGAUCUUCAAGGUCUCUUCCAACCCAAACUAUUCUAUGAUUCUAUGACAUUUCUCUCUGGCAUCAUGAUAUGAGUCGCAGCUUUGUGGCAGGUGCCAAGCUGGAGGGUCAUCAGUUAAGGAAGGACACGUGCAGGGGGUGCUGGGGAGGCAGAGGGAAAGGCACAGAAGAGGGCUAAGAACGCGGUAGCCAGGCUUUUGGAUCAACCCAGCCAGGACUUUAUGGGUUGGCCACAGUGCUCAUGGCCAAAGGCCCGCACUCAACACUCUCAGCACAAUGAAAGCUGAGUGAGGAGUGGGGAUUGCUAAAGAGAGACAUUUCUAAUUCCUGGCCCUGUGUUGUGGAGGCAGACAUUUACACAUUCCCCUGCCUCUUUCCUCAAGCACAGCUGUCUGCUGCUGCCUCCUUGGCCGUGCCAGAGCCUGGAGAAGCUGAAGUACUCUGGGCGUGAACAUAGCCUCCAUGCCAUAUCCUCUCUCCUCCCCAAGGUUUACCGCACUGAGUUUAUCACCCGGUGGAGGGAACUGCAGCUGGACGUGAUGCUGUGCCCUGUCCUGGGGCCCGCCUUCACCACGGGAUACCCUGGGAAACUCCUCACUGCCAUCUCCUCCACAAUGCUGUAUAACGUCUUGAACUU